UUUCACUUUUCUGCUGCCAGCGCAGACGGGAACUUUCGUUUGGAUUCGGAGAUUUUACUCUUGACUCUUGAUUUGUUGGACAGUGAUUAUUCUUGAAGUGCUUGUAAAAUAGUUGAUUGGAAAUACUCAAUACAAUGUCUGGCAAAAGUAACAAAGCUUUUACGAAAGAAGAGGAGCUCUUAUUACAGGACUUCAGUAGAAAUGUGUCAACGAAGUCUUCUGCCUUAUUUUAUGGAAAUGCCUUCAUCGUCUCAGCGAUUCCCAUAUGGUUGUUCUGGAGGGUACACGCUCUGGAGGUGAGUACGUCGCUGGUGUGGUUCGCGCUGGUGACUGGUGCGAGCACCUGGCUGCUUGCGCUGGCGUACCGCAACACCAAGUUCCAACUGAAGCACCGCGUCGCCGUCCGCCGCGAGGAUGCCGUCGCCAGGGAAAUGUCGAGGAAGCUCGCAGAAGACAAGAAGAUGAGCAGGAAGGAGAAGGAUGAGAGGAUUCUGUGGAAAAAGAAUGAAGUUGCAGAUUAUGAGGCGACCACAUACUCCAUCUUCUACAACAAUGCACUGUUUCUCACUAUCGUCAUCCUCAGCAGUUUCUACCUGCUGCGCUCCUUCACACCUACUGUUAAUUACAUUGUAUCUCUGACGGCAGCUUCAGGACUUCUGGCCCUCCUCUCCACCGGCACGAAGUGAAUGGACAUCGCACGAUCAGUGAGUGAAUGAUUGAGAUGAAGUUAGAUCAAACACUGAAGUUCCCAAAUCGCCAAACAUGAGUGUUUGAACUAAUGUUUUAUUUAAGUUUGUUGAGUAAACAAUGUUACUAGAAUAAUUUUAUAAAACUAAAUUAAUGAAUAAUAAAACAAUUUUUAAACA